AUGACUGAACCUUCUAUUAUUCCUGCAAGUGAACAACAUACAGCUACUAUUAUCUUCUUACAUGGUUUAGAUGAUGUUGGUAAAACUUGGUUAGAUGAAUUUAAUAUGUUUGAGAUAUCGAAAAGAAUUCGACAUGUAAAAUAUAUUUUUCCAACAGCUUCAAUUAUAAAAAUAUCGAAAAAUAAUGGAACACCAAUGACUAGUUGGUUUGAUGUAUAUGGUUUUGAUGAAAAUGCUAAAGAAGAUCAAGAAGGUAUUGAAAAAGCAUCGCAACUUUUAAAUAGUCUUGUUGAAGAAGAAAUUAAAAAUGGAAUUCCACCAGAACGUAUAAUGAUUGGAGGAUUUUCAAUGGGUGGUGCUGUAGCUCUUCAUACAGCAUUAGUAUCUCCUCAUACACUUGGUGGUGUUUUAGCUCUCUCAACAUGGCUUCCUCUAUUGACUACUUUUCCUAAAGCACUUGUAGCUGGUGAUAAAAAAGUUAAUUUACCUAUUCUUCAAUGUCAUGGUAAUAAAGAUUUGAUUAUACAAAUUAAUCGGGCUCGAUUAUGUGAAGAAAGUUUUAAAGCAAUGGGUUUUAAAGAAUAUAUUUUUAAAGAGUAUGAUGGUAUGGAUCAUACAAAUUGUAAUCAAGUAAGAAUUUUAUUUUCCCAUUAA